CAUUUCCAUUUAUAAAUGUACAAAAAAAAUUAAACGAUUCUGUGUUGGUUUUAUAAAUUACAGAAACUCGGGGAAUUGAUCAUUUGUCCUAGCAAGCUGGAGUUGUUUAGUAGUCUGGAUUUCUGUAAACUAUACACAUAUAAACAUAAAACAUGCAUUUAUCAUAUAGGCCUUUUCCUUCCCUGUGCCUGAGACCAGAUUUUUUCAGGCUGGACAACAAGUCUUCAAAUUCAAGAUAAGAAGAGGAGACAUGAGCAGCGUUCACGAGGAAGAAAUGCUGUAUGGAGCGCUAGUCAGUGAGGAGCUGGAGAAUGCUGUGCGUGCGGUACUUGCAAACCUGGAUGGUCUUCACCCCUUCACCACCCAGCAUUUCAACAUUUUCCCCUACACAAGUAAAUGGGAACAAGUGUCCAAAAUGAAGUUCAUGAAAGAGGGUGUAAAACUGUCUCCAUACCCCUUCCUUAUCACGCUGUAUGUGGAGUAUCGUGAACCAGCCUUUCCAUAUGCAGCAGUGAAAAAUACCAAUGCCUGGAACACACCGGAGAAACAGUCUAUAUUGAAAAGUCCACUGUGUGCUAGUGAGCCAAUGAUGACAGACCAAUCUACUGCAAUGGAUCAUCCAGAAGAGGGCACUAUGAACCAACACAAGGAUAAUAAGCAAACCCCAGAGUGCUUUCAGGAGUCCCCUUCCUCGGCCAAUGGUGCAGAAGAGAUGGUUUGUGGCAGUGAGAAUUCUUGUCUACCAGCACCAGAUGUGCAUGAUGCUUGCCCUGAAAGUCCUGACCCAAAUUCAACAACUGGACAGAACACUGGGAUCAUCACUAGAAUGGCCAGCUCGCUGUUCCCCUUCUCUCUGUUCUUCCGUAAGAGUCCUGCAAAUUAAAAAAUCCAAACCAUCGUUCCUUGACACUUACAGAGAAGAAAGAAAAAGCUGUUUAAGUUUUAAGCUUCUACAAGGUUUUGAAAAGCACUUGGUUCGUUUGUGCUGUUGGUGCAUUCUGUUUGUGUAAUUAUUCAAAACCUAUCAUUCUAAGUGUUUCAAAUAUAUACUAUUUCAA